GGCUCGGGCGGGCGGCGAGCGGGGCCGCCAGGAGCGGGCCGGGUGGAGCGGGAGUACCAGGAGCGGGCCGGAGCGGGCCGGGCCGGUCAGGCCGCCGCUGUCCCGGGAGCGUGGCGGGCGGCGGGCGCGUGAGGAUGGAGCUGAACUCCCUGCUGAUCCUGCUGGAGGCGGCCGAGUACCUGGAGCGCAGGGACCGAGAGGCUGAGCACGGCUACGCUUCGGUGCUGCCCUUCGACGGCGACUUCGCCAGGAAGAAAACAAAGGCGGCCGGCCUGGUGCGCAAGGCCCCGAACAACAGGUCUUCACACAAUGAGCUGGAGAAGCACAGACGAGCCAAGCUCAGGCUCUACCUGGAGCAGCUCAAGCAGCUGGUGCCGUUGGGUCCCGACAGCACACGCCACACCACGCUGAGCCUGCUGAAGCGCGCCAAGAUGCACAUCAAGAAACUAGAGGAGCAGGACCGUCGGGCACUGAGCAUCAAGGAGCAGCUACAGCAUGAGCACCGCUUCCUGAAGCGGCGCCUGGAGCAGCUGUCGGUGCAGAGCAUGGAGCGCGUGCGCACGGACAGCACGGGCUCCGCCAUCUCCACGGACGACUCCGAGCAAGAAGUUGACAUAGAGGGCAUGGAGUUUGGCCCAGGCGAGCUGGACAGUGUUGGCAGCAGCAGUGAUGCAGACGACCACUACAGCCUGCAGAGUGGGGGCUCCAGUGAUGGCAGCUACGAAUCCCCCUGCCGGCGGCCUGGCCGCCCUGGCCUCUCGUAGGUCCAGUGCCCUCGGCCUGCCUGCCCACCCGGCCAAGCGUUUCAGCCCUCCAGUCCUCCCUGUGACCGAUACCAGCCUUCUCCACGGCCCACUGCUGUGCCAUUCUGGAAGCCCCAGCUGCCGCCUGGGCUGCCUGCUGACCACCUGCCUGCCUGCCAGCCAGGGCCCACCGAGCCGCCCGCCCCUCCCAGCUGGGCAGGGCCCCCUGCAGGGAGGCAGGGCCCUGCUCCCCCAUCCCAGGGAGCCCAGCGUAGCCGCCCACGGUCUGUUUUCAGAAUCCUAAUCAUUCCAGAAGUAUUAAAUGUCAUUGCUGCAAACCUC